AUGGCCACUAUAUUGCCUAUCAAUGACGUUGAGGUCGGAAUGGAGAAGUGGACAGCAAAAGUCACUGUCCAAGAGAAACAACAAGUUACCUCAUCACGUAGCACACCAACUAAGAAACAAAAGUUUAUCUUCAUUGAUUCUGAGGGCUCAAAGGUUGAAGGAAUCGUCUUUAAUGCUGACAUUCCUAUAAUGAGCUCCAGAAUAGAGGUUUACAAAAAGUACCUCAUCUCUAAUGCUCAGGUCAAAAAAAUCCCUGAUGACUUUAAAACCACUGAGAUUGCAAAGCAAUGGAUAAUCACUAGUCGAACAAUUAUUGAAGAAAUUGUCGAUGAAGAGGAUGUUAUAGCUGCAAAUUUUACGUAUACCAAGUUUAAGGACUUGGCACAGUACAUGGAUCGAAAGGACAUUUCUGUUGAUAUUAUGGGAAUUGUUAUUGCUGCGUUGGAUGAAAAAAUUGUCACAAAAAAUUCAAAGGAAUCACGAGUCCGGAAGCUUGUCAUUGUUAAUGAAGAAUUGCAGACACUUAUGCUGUCCAUGUGGAAUGCUUUUAUUGAUACUGAAGGCUCCAAGAUUAUUUCAGAAAUUCAGAACUACCCUGUUCUUAUUGGAAGAAGGCUAAAGGUUCAAAAUUAUAAUGGAGUUGCUCUUUCUACCUGGUUUGAUUCAGCAAUCCUUGUAAAUCCACCUAUCCAAGAAGCAAGGGAACUCAAGAACUGGGCAAGUAGAAAUGCCAAAUGCCUUGCAGACAUUAUUGAAAAGAGAACUUACAAUCGAUACAAUCCUGAUAUCUCUUUCCAGGCAGAUCAAAAAACUACUGAUAUAGCAAAUAUCGACUCAAAACAGAAGAAUAUAUGGGUGAACGCAUCAUUCUCAUUUGAGCACAUCUUCCAAAAAUUUUGGUACAUCGGCUGUGAAAAAUGCUUCCGCUCUACGUCUGCAGACUAUGGUGUCUUGUGUAAAUUUGAUGUUGAUCUAUCUGAUGACACUGGAACGGUCACAGCCACAUUGUUUGGUGAUUUAGCUGAGAAACUGCUAACGUUCACAGCAAAAGAAGCAAUGGAUCAUUAUUAUCAGAAUAUGCCGUUACCACUUGAAAUUCUGCACGAGGAGCUAAAAGCAACAAAGUCCCUUGCGCACAUUAGACCUGUACACACCCUCCUAGCUGAUGCAAAACAGCGCUUCACAAUGGUAUACUAUAAAGAGGCUUCUCAUGAACAAGUUUCUAUUACAAAAUCAAAUGAACAGGCCUUUACAUGUCCUUCAUCAGGCGAAACCUCUUCUUCCAAGGCCAAAGCUUGUCUUCUUAAAAAAUUUGACGAAUCUGAUGAAACUAGCCAAUUAAGCUCUGCACCUCUUCAGACCAGCCCCAGGAAAAAGGCCAGACAAGCUUAA